AACAGAUAAUUAAAUUUAGUUUAAGAAAGUAUAUAAUAAGUUGGGAUACUUCAUUGUACUAUCUUAUGUGACUGAAUUUUUGCCCUGCCCGGCAAACUGCAAACUUCAUUCCUUUCGCAUUAGACUGCAACAUUCUAUAUAAACCUUUCAUUCUUCAAUGUCUAACAUGUACCUUAGCAGCUUCAACUUCUUAGUGCAGUGCCUUUGUACCUCAACCACAAAUAUGGCUUUCAAACAUUUCAUGAUAGCUGCUCUGAUACUUUUAGGAGCAUGGGCUUGUCAAGCAACAUCGCGAACACUUCCAGAAGCAUCGAUGUUUGAAAGACACGAGCAAUGGAUGAUCCAGUAUGGUCGUGUGUACAAGGAUGAAGCGGAAAAGUCUGUGCGUUUUCAGAUAUUCAUGGACAAUGUCAAGUUCAUUGAAGAAUUUAAUAAGGAUGGUCGACAGAGUUACAAGCUGGCCGUUAAUGAAUUUGCAGAUCAAACGAAUGAGGAGUUUCAGGCCUCGAGGAAUGGAUACAAGAUGGCGGUCAGUUCAAGACCCUCUCAGACUACAUUGUUCAGGUAUGAAAAUGUGACUGCAGUUCCGUCUAGUAUGGACUGGAGGAAGAAAGGAGCUGUUACACCUGUCAAAGACCAAGGCCAAUGUGGAAGCUGCUGGGCGUUUUCAACAAUAGCUGCCACGGAAGGGAUCACUAAACUCAAGACUGGAAAACUGAUCUCACUCUCAGAGCAAGAACUCGUAGACUGUGACAAAACCGGGGAGGAUCAAGGCUGUGAAGGUGGCUACAUGGAAGAUGGCUUUGAAUUCAUUGUAAAGAACAAAGGGAUAGCUCUUGAAGCAUCUUACCCUUACACUGCAGCUGAUGGCACUUGCAAUUCCAAAGAAGAAGCUUCACGAGCAGCCAAAAUUAGCGGUUAUGAGAAGGUACCAGCCAACAGUGAGACCGCAUUGCUGAAAGCAGUUGCUAAUCAGCCGGUAUCAGUUUCUAUAGAUGCAAGCGGAGUUGCCUUCCAGUUCUACUCCAGCGGGGUUUUUACUGGAGAGUGUGGAACAGACCUUGAUCACGGUGUCACUGCAGUCGGUUAUGGGAAAACCAGUGAUGGCACCAAGUACUGGUUGGUUAAGAACUCGUGGGGCGCGAGCUGGGGAGACAGUGGUUACAUAAUGAUGCAAAGGGGUGUUGCUGCCAAAGGUGGCCUCUGCGGCAUUGCUAUGGAUGCAUCCUAUCCAACUGCUUAGGCCUCCUUAUACUCUGUCUUCUAUUCACCUAAAACUAUGUGUUAUGUGUCUAUGGGGCAAGCAAGUGUGAAUAUGUGAAUGUUGAACAGUGUAAAUACAGUUGAUUUUUACAUAAUACAAACUAUUAAAAGCAAUAACAA